CUAACGGAUAGCGCCCUUAAAUUUGAAAAUCUUGCAGACUAAAAUUCGAAAAGCAAAAAGAAAGCAGAAAGAAGCGAAGGACAGCCCAGAUAAACCCUCCUCUCCAUUUCAGACCAAAAUCCCAAAUCCCCACGCCUCGCGAAUUCGAAUCGCUAUCAUCAUUUCUUGGGUUUCAAUUCGAGCCCAGAUUGAUUAACAGUACGCGCGCUCUGAUCCUUCAAUCAAACCCUAAAACAAAUCUGAAUUUUUUUGCAUUUCCUAGGGGUUUCGCCAGUCUAGGAUUUUCUAAGAUCGAGCAACCAAAGAAGAAUGGAUCUUCCGCAAAAAAUCGACGAUUAUAUCAAGGAAUCGAUCGAUCACUCCUUGGGCCUCCCUGUAUCCACGCACACGCUCGAAUUGAAGCUUCGAUGCUCGGAAGAAUCGAAGCAGCGGCUUCAGAACCAGUACUCUGUUCUACUCGCAAAAAUGAAGGAGAAAGAUCAAGUCCUCGAGCGCGCUAGGGCUGAAGCGAGUAUGAAUGCACAAGCUUUGAGGAAGUUCGUUGAGGAGAAUCAGAGAUUGGCGUCAGAGUGCGCGCAUCUAGUGACCCAGUGCAACAAAUGGGAGAGAGAGUGCUCGCUCUAUGAUCACGACCGGGAGGCUUUGAUGGAUUUUGGGAACGAGGCUGACCAGCGUGCCAAGGAGGCUGAGAUUCGUGUUCAAGAGUUGGAGGACGAAGUCAAAGAGUUAAGGGAUGAAUUGGGGUUCUACAAGCACAAAUUAGAGAUGCAUUCGGUUGAUUCAUCUUCUGAUGACACAACCAUUGGAGAGAAACUACUGGAGUCUGUUUUAGCAACAUUGAUCAGUAAAGAUGAAGCUGUGUCUGCACCUGCAUUUCUGGAGGCCAAUGGUGGAAAUGAGUCAUGUCAAAUGUUGCUCAAAAUGUGGAACCGCUUGAGGCCAUCGACUCAAAAAGUUCUGUCACUGGUGGCCAAGGUAAAGACACUUGAGAAGGACAAGGAACAUCUAACGAUGAAUCUUUGUACCGCUGAAGAAGAGGUCAAAUUGCUUUUUGAAGAGAACAAAGUGCUAGAUGUGGAGAACAAAAGAUUACUGAGGCAGUACCACAAGGAAAGAAACCAGUCUGGUUCAGGCGGAAAACAUAACGACAGUGCAUCAGCAAAGUCGAAUAAGCGAAAAUCAAGCACAAAGAUGAGCAGCCCUAUUCAAGCGAAGAUUGAUUUCAGUGACCAAGAACCAGCAAGACAGCCCCUUUCACCCUUGCGUUGUAACUCCCCUAACUCUAGAAACCGUAAGAAGUAAAAGAAAUUUUUUCCAACAGUCUGAUUUGUACCUUUUUGUGUAUUGAGGAUAACAUAUGACUUGAGAUUACAGAAUUUGGAAUGACUAACAAGUUUUUUUUUGGGUAA